AUAUCAAAUAAUUACAUAAUAUAUAUUUGAAAUGAUAAAAAUUGGACUAAUUGGGUUGGUCGAGAUUGAACCAUUGAAUAACUUUAAAAUACAUUAUAUUUUAGCCACUAUGAUAUAACAUAAUAGCAUAAUUUAUAUUAUGUUAGAGAAAACAACUUGUUUUAGAAUGGCAAACCCAUGAUGUUCAUUUGUUUUACCUGAUGGCCAAAUCACGUGUAGGUCAGACCAUUCAACUCUUUUAUUUUAUGGUUAGCGGUUAGCCCAUUAGAAUCCAUGCAUUAGUUUAUUGUUAAAUUUUUUCUUUUUAGCAAUAAAAAGGAGCAUUGUUUUUGCCUUUUCAUAUAUAUAUUUUACCACCACCGAGAAAUAAAAGGGCUUAAAGAAAAAAAUUGACACUCCUAGACCCGUUUAAAUCUGCAUAUGUACGGUAAGUUGGCCCGUUCCACAGAGGAAAGAGAAACAAAUUGACACUCCCUAUUCAACCCUUCCUACAAACGCUCAUGGAGCAGGGAAUUUGAAAUGAGGGAAGAGUUUUUUUCCCUCUGCUAUUAUAUGUUUUUAGUUUGAAAAGAUACAACUAAUGUACUUAAUGUGAUUGGUUAUGCUCCUUUAUUUUUUUUAAAGUGGUCAUCGUUCGAAUCCCAGUCCAUUUCUUUUUAAUGAAUAAUAAAAGAAGUAAUUGUGAAGACCAAAAUGUCCUUCCUACUUUCACUCUCGUUGCAGAAAAUUUGAAAUGGAGCAACAGUUUUCCCCUGCCUACUAUUAUAUACUCGCAUGGAGCCCCUGCCAGUUGGCCCGAGGAGGUGAAUUAUGAAAUUUUGAAAAUGCAAUUGGGUCUAUAGAUUAUUGUUGUAUAGUUUUUUUUGGAAACACGUUAUAAAGAUAGUGAAUUUUAGCAAAAAAGAGGCAUGAAUGAUGCGAUCAAAAAUAAGUCUAAUGAACCAAGUUCGAGUACCUGUUACAUUGCUAAACAGUAUUAUUUCUGGUAAUAUGAGGAGGUGGAGUAAGUUGAUAGAAACCAAACUCUAGAAACCGAAUAAAAAAUCGCCUAUCCCUCUAGUCUUUGAGAAUGAGCAUCUCACAAUCGUUGCUAGCUUUUACUUGGCACGUUGGCCGAUUAAUUUUCUUUAUAAAACUUUCAUCUUGUCGUCAAAGUUAUUAAUUCGAAUGGAACAAUCCAUUCAUCAACUCAUGGAAAGGGUUAAAUGGUUAACCUACGAUCCAACUCGCUAAGCCUAGUUUUUCUAAUUUGAAACUUAUAUCAUGCUAUUAUUUUAUAUCUUAGUGGCUAAAAUAUAAUGUAUUUCAAGUUAUUAAAUGUUUAAACCUCGGCCAACUUGAUUAGUCCAAUUUUUAUCAUUUGAAAUAUAUAUUAUGUAAUUAUUUGAUAUCAUUAUGAUUAAAUUAUAGUUUUUAUAUGGAAGCGUUUGGUAUUUGUUAGUAAAAAACUAAACAGAAAGAUGCAUUUGGUUAUUUUUAAUAUUAAAACAAUCCUAAAUAUUUUCAUUUUUCUGUCGACUUUCUAUGGUUUUUUCCCGAAGUAGUGAUGCGCAACUGGCGAAUUGCAGUCUUCUUUUUUCUUUCACUAUUUUUUAUUUUCAAAUAGAAAGUAUGACCGUAAAGAAUAAUUGGAGUUUGGCAGAGGGUCGGUCAAACAGGCUGAAUUUAAAGUUUUGACAUGUUUUGAUCAAGGCUAAUUUAUAAUCACAUGGUUCCCUGACACCCGAUAAAAAUCUUAAUCCAAACCAGUUCGGGAGCUGAGUCUGUGUUUACCACCAUUUUCUAGGAAUACAGAAACGACGGUUCUUAUCCCAAAUUGUGUUGUUCGUUUUUAAUUUCUUUAGAUUUUAUCAUGGCAUGGGAAAAACCAGAAGUACAAUGAAUGCACCAAACCCAGAAUCGCCGGGAAGGAGGGUGGAAAUCGCAAACACAGAGGAUGGAUCUCCCGACCCAAUCUCCUUCACGCUUCCCCGACCAGAUCUGCUCAUCGGCGGGAGAGAAACAAAGAUAGAGGGGGUAUGGAAACAACUUCCAAUCGGGUUGAGAAGUGGAUGAAUCAUCACCAAAACGGGAAGAAACACAAACUUCACAUGAAUCAGUGUAGAAGAUCGGUACAGGCGGUGAGUUCGUUGUAAAUCACUAGUCCAUCCACAGUUGGCUUGUAGAUGAGAAGGGUAGAUGCGGCGGGAGAGUAGGCGAUCAGUCCGGCCUUAGGUAUCAUGGAGCGAGAGCUGGAGUGGGAGCGAGAACGCGAGAGCGUCUAUUUCAGAAGAACUUAAAGUUGAGAGCGUCAUUAUUAAAUUAUAUAUAAUUAUAUAUACUUAUUAUAUAUAUAUAUAUAUAUAUAUAUAUAUAUAAUUGACAAUUAAUAUACCAAAUAUCAUUUUUUUAUAUUAAAAAUAUAUAAAUCAUAAAGUAUUAAUGGAUAAAGGAUUAAUAAUAUGGAAAAGGGUAUAUUUUCACAAUAUUUGCCUUUAGAUUGUAUUAAUCCUUCCUUCCAUUUUUCCGUCAAAAAUUAAACUUGAGAGCAAAUGACAAAAUUAGAGUUACAUCCAAUAUACUAAUAGACUCGAUCAAAGUAAUGAGGCACAAAAUUAGACACUCCUUAUCUACAGGUUCCAGUAGUUUGAAUAGUGAAUCGACCUUAACUUUAGUAAAUCAAUCAAUGAUUCCUCGUUUUAACAUAAACAUAGGUUGUGGUAUUUGCAACAACCAUAACAACUAAUGAUCCAAUAGUUUCCACUCUCUGUUGUACAACCAACUUUUAUUCCCUCCAUCUUCAAUCUCUCGACGUAUAUGUUUUAAACCAAAAUUCAAUUUAUAAUCUUCCUUCUGCAACUCCAUUUAUGCUACUUUGAUUGACCUUCUCUCCAUGAACCUGAAUUUCCCUUUCAAUUGAGUUUCUUGUCAACUGAUCUCCAACUCCUCAAUCAUCUUUCUUGUAUUUGACCAACUCAUCUUCCUAAGGACAGUUUUAAUAAGCUCGUAAAACCCACACUCAUCUUCAAUUCCAUCAAUAUAAUUCUAUAUUAUAUGUAUCUUUUUGAAAUCAAACCCAAGAGGACGUUUGCUACAAAGAGGAAGAGAUGAGGUAAUUAUUUUUUUUUCAUAUAAAGAUGAUAUAAGUUUAUUUUUAAUGUUAGGUGCUUUUUAUGAUAUUUGGACUUGAAACCUCCAUAUUAGUUCAAAAACUUGUUCACGAAGAGAUGAGAUAGUUUAGAUUAUGCAUUUUAAACUUUGACCUCCCAAUUCCAAUUUAUAAAAGAAAAGAAAACACUAAUGGUGGCAAGUAAGAACAUUAAGUCAACCAAAGACAUUUUGGAAAGAGCUGAAUGCACAGUUGUUUAACGGGCAAAAGUGGCCGGAGGAUGAGAUAAUAACCCGAGCUUUAACAAUUCUUGAAGAGUACCAGCACAACCAGCGGAGUAAUAUGGCGGAGGACAGUUUGCAGUCGGAGGAAGCUUCGAGAAGACCGAUAGAAGGCUGGAUUAAAGUUAACACAGAUGCAGGCUUGAUAGCGCAUGAGGGAGCGGGUUUGGGAGCAGUUAUACGUGACCAUAGGGCCAUUUCAUAGCAGCAGCGGCAAAGAAAGUGCGCGGGGUAGUUGGUGUCGAAAUGGCAGAAGCUCUCGCGGCAGAAAUGGGUGCCCAACUUGCCCGCCAGCUAGAGCUGCCACGGCCAAUACUUGAAGUCGACUGUUUGUCAUUGAUCGAGAAGUUUCUGAAGGCGGAAGCAAUCCAUUCUGAGAUUGGUAUAAUAUGUCGACGUACGGUAAGAUUCCUUGAGGAUAAUGGGUUGGAUGUGGCACAUAUACGUCAUGUAAGGAGGCAAGCAAACAACGCAACACAUGUCAUGGCACAUAGUGAGACACACUGGGAUUGUCGGGAGGUUUGGUUAGAUAGACCACCAGUGUUUCUUAUCGACCAGCUCCAGCUGGACAAUGUAACCUCUCCGAUUUAAGCAAUGAAAUUACAGGUUACACGUAAAAAAAAAUGUCUACCAAAGACAUUUAAUAGUAUAUUAUAAGAUAAUUCUCACCAAAAAAUAUAUUAUAAAAUAAUUACAUGAAUAGGGUUUCUUUUGUUCUAUGGACGGAAUUAUAUUCCUCCCUUUCAAGGUCGCCUUCUUAUUAUUCCUCCACAAAUUAUCUUGACAGUCUUUGAUCAAGGCGAGAUUAAACCAUAGCAUAUUAACCUCGAAUAAUCAGUAGUGAUCAUUGCUUUUCUCGUUUCUCAUUUAGUUUAAUGCAUUAUCUUUCAAGUAAUUUUCAUAGUGUGAUGUACUAAUUGAUGAAUAAGUGGCAUCGUACUGCUGGCUGGUCAUAACUUUAAUGAAACACUUGGGCCAGCCGGCCAUGAGCACUGAGAAACUUUAAGCUACUAACUAAUUAAAGGUAGUUGGACGUUAAUGAUGGUUACCGCCAUUAGAUUUGAAACCGAUUUGGCCCUUAAUUAGCUUGUCGUUGCACGUUUGGUCAUAGAGGAAGCAAAUCGAGAUCGGUGGACAAAAAGAUAGCAAGACUAGAAGAAUCAAACAACUUUUGCACAAUCUUGGAUUGGAAAUAAGUAACUUGAAAAGUUGGUUACUUUUCCUUUAAUCUCCUUAAAAGAAGCGAACUGACUAAGCCAAAGGACAAAGUGGUUUGUCAACCCAGUUUCUUUUACUUUCCUCGUUAAUUAUGAACCCUUUUUCUUUCUUUUUUCCUCUUUCAAUGAUAUGGUAGAAUUCGAAAGGUUAGGCGGGGGUUGUCAUGCAUAAUUUGCCAUACCAAGUAGCUUUUGUAUGUGAUUUGCAUAAGAAUUUGGAAAUUUGUGAAAGGAAUUCUACAUAGUUUCAUUGGCGUUUCAAUUUUGUGCUAAUCAACCAAAUGGUUAUAGUUAAAUGUGCAUUGUAGGUUUUUUGUUUGCAUCAAAAUGUGGAUUAUAUUCUUCGUAGAUCGAAUGUGUUGGGCCAUGCACAUAAAGUUUGAAUCAUAAGAACUCAACUAGAGCCCAAACUAGGAUAGGCUCAAAGAGAGUUAAAACCGAGGAUCAAAGCCUACCUCUAAUCUAUGUAAAAACUACUAAUCCUUCAAGCUAAGGGACUUCCUUCCCAUCCCAUUAUUAGCACAUGGUUCUCUCUCUAAAAUCGUUCUCUCUCUAUAUAUACACUUUUCUUACAUUUAUUCAUAAACCAUCACUAACUUGGGAGUCAGAGUGAUCGCCUGAACUGACAUUACCUGUUCACAGGUGCUUCUGUAUCCGAAGAGAUCGAACAAGGGCACGAGAUCAGAGCCCACCAUCCUCAAGCGCUAUUUUAAGAUAGGCAAAAGUUCCUUGGCAUAAACAAGGGUCAAUACCUUAAAUUGGCUUAAACUUUACACAAACAUACUAGGCAAAAGUUCCUAGUGGAUUAUGAAAUACCCAUUUUGGCCUAUACUAUACACCAUCUAUAUUAAUUUCGCAGAACCCUUAGCUUGAUCGUCAAGGUGGACGUUCAACGUGCCAUAUCACCAUAAACACAAUAAAAAUGUUAAAAAUUA